CAGCGUGGCGUUAUGGAGGCAUCCCGGAAGACUCGGCCAUUUUCACCACAGUUGUUCUCCCAAACACAAACACACACAGUUUGGCUCCUUCUAGUCUGUGUUUCGAUCGCUGCCGCGGACACAAUGUCAGAUAAGACUCAGCUGCCAAGCAGAGACCGCGCUCUGAAGGGAAGAGAGGAGAAAAUGGUCGUGGCAGACAAGCAUGCAGUCAGUGGGAAUCCCACUGUGGAGCCUUUUCCAGAAGGCAUGGAGACCGUCAUGUUUGGCAUGGGCUGUUUCUGGGGAGCAGAGAGACUUUUCUGGAGGCUUUCAGGGGUCUUCUCCACACAAGUGGGCUACGCCGGCGGCGUUACACCCAACCCCACCUACCACGAGGUCUGCUCAGGUCUGACGGGUCACACUGAGGUUGUGAGGGUGGUCUUCUCCCCUGAAGACAUCAGCCUUGAGAAAUUGCUCAAACGCUUUUGGGAGAGCCACGAUCCUACACAAGGUAUGAGGCAGCAGAAUGACCGCGGUACUCAGUAUCGUUCAGCCAUCUACACGUCCAACCCCGCUCAACAGGAGCUUGCAUUGAAGAGCAAAGUGGCCUUCCAGCAGGAGUUGGAUAAAAAAGGCUAUGGCCCCAUCACAACAGAGAUCCUGGAGGGGCAGCAGUUUUACUACGCUGAGGACCAUCACCAGCAGUACCUGAAGAAGGUACCAAAGGGCUACUGUGGCCUCAAAGGCACUGGAGUCUCGUGUCCCAUUGGAGCCAGAAAGGAUGAGCUGUGAGACUGUGCGGUGAGAAAGAGGAGGAUCAGUUGCUGUUCUUAAUCUUUUAUUUUUUUUAAAACUGCGUGAUACACUUGUGAAAUGUAUCAAUCGCUUUUUAAUGUAACACCAUAUGAGUCAAAUCAUGAAUUCAUUACUGAGCCUCAGGGAAUUUUCUGUUCUAAGCUGUCCGUCAGUUAUGGAGAAUACAUAGUGUACAGUAAGGCAGUUUUAUUGUGUAGCAUGGUUUAAACAAAAUAGCAACUUAAAUUGUUUCAUGUAAGAUAUAAAAAAUGUAUUAAAACAACUCUUAAAAGACGAUAAGAAUGGAAAAUAAAAGCAGCUAAAUGAAAAAAUGCCAGAAUGAAGCUGUUCCGUUGCUGUGCAGCAGGAGCAGUGUGUUGGGCUGCAGCAGCAGUCAGCUUCCAUAGGGUGGCGACAUUUCUCAAAAAAUAGCAGCUCCAGUAGUCUUUUUAUUUUUUUAUUUUUAUGUGACAUACUGUAGCAAAAAGAAACCAUGUAAACUCUUUGUCUUCCACAGUUGGUUGAUUGGAAGAAAAUCUACCAACCUUCAAUGGUUUUCCAAGCCAGCAGCGUUUUCACACAACGCUGUGACAGAGUUCAGACUUUACUGUCAGAGUAAGAAUCCUUAAGAUUUUUUUCAGUGCAGAUUUGAAUAUAAUCAUAUGAUUUUACUAAGUAGCUUAGUAUAAUUUGAACACAACAUUACCAGCUUGAACAUAAUGCAGUCUUUUCUUUUCAUUUUAUUGUAAAUAACUGAUGCAUGAAUUUACUUCAGUAAAAUCAGACAUUUUCUUCAGUCUCACCUUGGAA